UUUAUCAAGUUUCCAUUUGUUUUUGCAGUUGUUUACUGACCAUUUUUAUUCUCAUGUCAGUGCUAAAGAUCGCUGUUGACAAGGACUAUUACGCUCCGGGUGAUUUAAUCCAUGUGGUUUGCAGUUUACACAAUACCGAGCUAUUGUUGGCUACCAAGCUUGAAGUGGUGUUGGUGGUAUCUGUCGAACUGAGCAAUCAGGUAUGCACUCAGGGCCACGGUACUGAAGGCUACGCUUUACCUCAUGGUCUUCAAACCAAUCUUUCUGAUGCUACUCGUUUACAAACAUUGGUGUUGUGGAGCAGUCCUAACAAAAUUGCUGGUCGUGCCUUGCACCCCAAACCAAGAACUUUUGUGGGUGUUGCGGUGAUUCCCAACGACGCAGUGCCUUCUGUGCUACUAGCAUCCGUUGGCUACGACCGUGCCCAUAUCUCGUAUUCGCUUCGGGCCGAACUCAAAACCACCAGUGCGUUUGCUCCUCUGAGAGCCAUGACGCCUAUUGCCGUUGUCAAUCCUUUACCUCUUCCUGGACCAGAAAACCCUCCUUUGGUUCUACCUAUUGUACCUAAAGAUUGGUCUCAUUUUCCUCUUGAUAUUGCUGCCACUUGCAAUCAAACCAUCUAUGCAAUCGGCUCAUCCAUUACAGUCAACUUUACUGUAACAAACUUGGAUCGUAGAGAUAUCAAAUCGCUUAAAAUAUCUCUGAUUCAACGAUACAAUUCAUUCUUUAUCUCCGACCUAGCUAAAUGUGAUACCUUGAUAUCAGAAACCAUGACAACUAUCAUUCCAGGACACUCUUCAAAAACACUUUCAGUGCUUUUGAAUUCAGAAAAAGCUUCUCGUGUCGCACCCACUACAUCAUAUUCGUUUAUUCAAGUUGAGCACGCUGUAGUUAUUCAAGCCUUUCCUGCUGGACUGUUUACAUCUACAGUUCCUCUUGCAGUUGAGAUUCCAGUUGUUUUUGUUGGUCCCCAGCAAUUGUAGCAUCAACUGACAAUCCGUUUAUCUUGGUAGUAUUGAUACUGCCAUCGUUUUAAAUUUGCCAGUUGUUUCCAUGCACUUUAAUUAUUUCCCAACUCUAAUAUCCUUUGAUUCAUACACUUGUCCAACGCCUUUUCCAUCGACGAUCGGAGCAUGCUUUGAAUCCUGUAUCUUUGUCUAUUUAUAACACAUUUUUGUAUCUUUUGGCAUGUCUGAAUUGUAUUUUAUAGGUCUUAUCAAGACUAUUUGUGUUUGUAGUGUUUUGACGUAAAGUAAUAAACAGUCACUUGUAUCCAUGUGU